AUGGUUGAAAAAAAAAACUAUUUAAGAUCCUUUGCAAAGAGAAAAUGCAGCUACAUUUUCUACUGAGCAUUAAUAUAAAGUUUAGUGUUUGCUUAUUGGUCAGAAAAGCUUAGUUUUGAAAAUGGUAGAUGCUUUCUGUGGCACAUGGAAACUGGUCAACAGUGAGAACUUUGAUGAGUAUAUGAAAGCUCUAGGUGUUGGGUUUGCAGUUAGACAAGUUGGAAAUGUGACUAAGCCGACCCUCAUCAUCUCGAAAGAGGGGGAUAAAGUGGUACUAAAAACACAGAGUACUUUCAAGAACACUGAAAUCUCAUUCAAACUGGGCGAGGAGUUUGAUGAGACCACCGCAGAUGACCGACACUGUAAAUCCACGGUGGUAAUGGAUGGAGACCAGCUUGUUCAUGUGCAGAAGUGGGAUGGAAAAGAGACCACCUUUGUCCGGGAGAUCAAGGACGGGGAGAUGCUGAUGAAACUCACCUUUGGGGACGUAGUGGCUGUUCGCACCUAUGAAAAGGCAUAAAUGUGAUUUAAUUUUCAUUUAAUAAAUAACCAGUCAAAAAUGA